UUUCACUUCUUUAGUUUUAUUCGUGAAACACCAUUGAUAUGUGCAAAUUGAAGAAUAUUAUAUUCUUGAUUUUCCUGAUGUCACCUAUCAAUGCGCAACUGGACCCGGAUUUAACUUCAAUUUUAUUCGAUGAAAUCGAUGAGUAUUUGAGUGAGUUAAUAUCAAAUCAUCAAGCUUUGAUGAAUCAUUAUUCAUUAUGCCCCGCCAAAAGAGAAAGGUAUGAGACGAAAAUUCUAAAUGCAAGCCGUACGAACGUUAUAGAUGACUCCACCUUACUGCCGAUGGUAAACGUCAAGUUGAAGAUAUUGAAACACUAUUUGCACAGUCAAAAACUGGCGAAGGAAUGCUCAAAUAUUGAAAAUAACGUUGAGAAAUAUACAAGUUUUUUAAUGAUGCAGCCUUUAAACUCUGAAAGCGAAUAUAAAUAUUAGGAAUACCUUAUGUUCACUAUUAAAAUUAAUCAUCCCUAGCAAAAAAU